UUUCUGGAUGAACCUACCUUUGAUAAAUUCUUUCAUGAAAAAAUCCGUCCAUCCAGGGCCUGUUACCAAUGGAAAACACAAGUGUAGCAUCGUGGACGACUGCAGCACUGUCAGUGGAAAUCAUUGGAACAGCUUUAAAACAUAUGCGACCGGAUUGACAGAAGUACACAAAAGUAAAGUCUGUCUAGAAAAAAAAAGAUACAUGCCAAACCAUCACUUUGGCUUUAGAACAAUCAACAACAGUACACUAAUUUGGAAAAAAUUGGGAAUGCUUCCCGAUAGACAGUUCAUAAAACACCUAUUCGCUCUGGCCGUGUCAGUAUACUUUAAGUCACUUUAAACUACUGGAGAGUGAUGGCCGGUGUCUUUCCUGAAAAAUGAGGGGGCAACCUGCGAACAUAGGCAGGCCGAGAGAAGUUGACAAAUAAGGCCUAUUCAACAUGAUGAUAAUGAUGAUGUCCCGCUUGUAGUUUAUCAAAAAGUGGACUUUUACAAAGCGGCUUGUAUUAUGGCUACUAAUACAAACCUAAAGUACCAGCUUAAGAUAAAUAAGACGAAAAUCUGGUCAAGAAAUUUAA